UUUGACCACACUUUCCAUUGGCAGAUAAGAAACCACUUUCAACAUGGCCACUGCUGUCCACAUGCCAGCCCCAGUGUGUCUAAUUGAGAACACGAAAGAAGAACUGAUAGUGAACCAAAAAUCCCUGGAGAUUCUCUCUUCCAUAACUGAGCCUAUGGUGGUGGUGGCUGUUGUGGGCCUGUAUCGCACCGGCAAGUCCUACCUAAUGAAUAAGCUGGCAGGGAAAAAAUCAGGUUUCUCCCUUGGCUCCACAGUGCAAUCUCACACCAAGGGCAUCUGGAUGUGGUGUAUUCCUCAUCCCAAGAAACCAAAUCACACCCUUGUUCUCCUGGACACUGAGGGGCUGGGUGAUGUGGAGAAGGGCAAUAACAAGAAUGACACGUGGAUCUUUGCCCUUGCCGUGCUACUGAGCAGCACCUUUGUCUAUAACAGCAUGGGCACCAUCAACCAGCAGGCCUUGGACCAGCUGCACUAUGUAACUGAGCUGACAGAGCGCAUCAAGAGCAAAUCUGCCCCCAACACUGAUGAGAUAGAAAACUCCUCAGAUUUUGUGAGCUUCUUUCCAGACUUUGUGUGGACUGUGCGUGAUUUCACUUUGGAGCUGGAAAUUGAUGGGAAACCCAUCACCUCUGAUGAGUACCUGGAGAGCGCACUGAAGCUUAAGAAAGGCAAACCUGAGGAAGUUAAAAUGUUCAACCUACCUCGUCUGUGUAUCCGCCAGUUCUUCCCCAAGAAGAAAUGCUUUAUUUUCGACAGACCCGUCCACAGAAAGAAGCUUUCCCAGCUGGAGAAACUUCAUGACAGUGAACUGGAUCCUGAAUUUGUGAAACAAGUGGAAACCUUCUGCUCCUGGAUCUUUGAGCACUCCAAUGUGAAAACUCUCCAGGGAGGCAUUAUAGUCAAUGGGCCCCGUCUAGAGAACCUGGUCCUAACCUAUGUUCAGGCCAUCACCAGUGGAGAUAUGCCCUGUAUGGAGAAUGCAGUGCUGGCACUGGCUCAAAUAGAGAACUCGGCUGCAGUUCAAAGGGCCCUUAUACACUAUGAAGAGAUGAUGAAAAAAAGGGUCCAGUUCCCCACAGAAACCCUUCGGGAAUUGUUAGACAUACAUGCCACAUGUGAGAGGGAAGCCAUUGAAGUCUUCAUCAAGGAUUCUUUCAAGGAUGUGGACCAGAAAUUCCAGAAGGAACUGGCGAGCCAGCUAGAAGCCAAGCGUGACGCCUUUUGUAAUCAGAACCUGGAUGAGUCGGCAAAACGGUGCAGAGCUUUGCUUCAGGAUAUUUUCAGUCCUCUGGAGGAAGCAUUGAAGAAUGGGGCCUUCUCUAAACCAGGGGGCUAUAGUCUCUUUCUGCAGAAGACCAAGGAGCUGAAAGAGAAAUACCACCAGCAGCCCAGGAAGGGGAUACAGGCUGAGGAGACUCUGCAGGAAUACUUGAGGUCCAAGGAAGAUACAGCUGAUGCAAUAUUGCAUGCCGACCAGUCACUCUCAGAAAAACAAAAGGAUAUUGAAGCGGAGCGUGUCAAAGCUCAGGCUGCAGAGGCUGCUAGAAAGCAGUUGGAGGAAACGCAAAAGAAGACCCAGGAGAUGCUGGAGCAGAAGGAUAGAAGCUACCAGGAACAUAUAAAGCAAUUGACUGAAAAGAUGAAAGAAGAAAGGAAACAGUUAGUAGAAGAGCAAAAGAGGACCCUGGAUCUGAAACUCCGGGAACAGCAAGCAUUACUGAAAGAAGGAUUCAAAAAUGAAAUGCAGCAGCUUCAAAACCAAGUCGAGUCUCUUCAGAAGAGCCUGGAUGAAGCCCAAGAACAGACUGGUGGAUGUAUCAUACUCUGAAGACAAGCCUUCUCCCUCUUGUUCAGCUCCAACAUAACUUGAAGGAGAGAGCUCAGGAUCCCUGUGAUUUGUGGGAAACUUGUAGGGUGAGGGUUAUUGAAAUGCAAGGCUUGCAAGCCUGGGGCAUGAUUUUCUUAGUUUUCUGUCCAAUUGUGGCUAGUACCACAUUUGAAAACCCUAAUAAUUUUCCCUAAAGAUAUGUGAUAAUUUUAAAAUAGGGGAAAAGUGAGUGACUGUCCCUUUGCAUUUGAUUCUUAUUUAAACUGUUUCUGUCAAUUUUCUCUUUUUUUCUUGAAUAAAGUAGGGCUCUUGGUAUUUAUAUCAAUAUCCCAUAUAGAGUUAUAUUCAGAAAUAAAACAAUUUCUUCUAAA